UCAAAAUUCAAAUGAGGCAAUCGUGAGCGUCCCUUCCCUUCUCUUGAAUCUCUACUCCAUCGAUUCGUCGGCAUUUUUCUGAGAUCAUGAUUCUUUGAAUUAAUAAGUUGAAAAGAACGGAGAAGGAACAAUUUCUUUAUCCCCGCUGGAUUCUUUCAACAUUUUCUAUCAAUAUAUGCCUCGCAUUAACAGAGUAUAUUCUUUACCUUAUUGCAUAAAUUGAAUUCUCAGAAACAAAUUCAAGCCUCCGAUUCUGCAAUUUUCAGGUUAUGAUUGAACAACAAUGUUUAAGUUUCCUGUUUUAGGUUGAAGGGAUGAUGGCUAAUCGCUAUGGCAAUUUCACUGCAUCCUCUGGAACAUCUGAUAGUCAGAAUGACUCUGAGGAUGGGGAUACGAUUUGCUUAAAGGAAGGGAAGGGAAAGAGACUCUGGAAUAAAGUGAAAUAUCAGCUUGUUGAGUAUCACUCAUUGCCUGGGUAUUUGAGAGACAAUGAGUUCAUUCUGGGUCAUUAUCGAUCAGAGUGGCCAUUGAAACAGGUGUUCUUGAGCAUUUUCACCAUCCACAACGAGACUCUUAAUGUUUGGACGCAUUUGAUCGGGUUCUUCCUUUUCCUUACCUUGACCAUAUACACAGCAAUGCAGGUACCAAAUGUGGAUUUCCACUCUUUUCCACAGUUGCCUGAGAUACUCAGAAAAGGUGAUCUGCAUAAGAUUCAUUCAGAACUCUUGAAUUGCCUUCCAUCCUUGCCAAACAUGCCUGAUUUUCAUAGAUUAAGAGAUGAGGUAAAGACAUCAUUACCGUCAAUGGACCUGUUCUCAUCACUUUCGUGUUGGCAUUUUCUGGAGCUUCUCAAGAACUGUUUGCCUGAGCCGCUCUCCUCUGGCAAUAAAACAGACGGCCGUGUUCUGCACAAUGUAAAAGAUGAUCUAGCAAACAUGAUAGCUCCCCUGAUGAUUCGACCAAUAACGAGAUGGCCUUUUUUUGCCUUCCUGGGUGGAGCCAUGUUUUGUUUGCUGUCCAGCAGCACCUGCCACCUCCUCUCCUGUCACUCAGAGCGCCUUUCCUACAUAUUGCUGAGACUUGACUAUGCAGGAAUUGCAGCCCUCAUCUCAACCUCCUUUUACCCUCUUGUGUACUACUCCUUUAUGUGCAACCCUUUCUUUUGCAACCUGUACUUGGGGUUCAUAACACUUUUUGGGAUUGCCACCAUUGUUUUUUCUCUCCUCCCAGUUUUCCAAAACCCAGAGUAUCGAACCUUUCGUGCUUCUCUCUUCUUUGGGAUGGGCAUGUCAGGUGUGGCACCCGUACUGCAUAAGUUGGUACUAUAUUGGCAUCAACCAGAAGCCCUCGAAACCACUGGUUUAGAGAUCCUUAUGGGUGCCUUCUAUGGCAUUGGAGCAUUGAUAUAUGCCACAAGGAUUCCAGAACGGUGGAGACCUGGUAAAUUUGAUAUUGCUGGGCACAGUCACCAGCUUUUCCAUGUCUUGGUUAUAGCGGGAGCAUAUACACACUAUCAUGCUGGGUUGGUCUACCUCAAAUGGAGGGACUUGGAAGGCUGUUGAAGAUUGAUUUAGUAUGUACGGCUCCCGACACUGAUGAAUUGGCAUUUGUAGCUUGUGGGAAUGAAGAUCUGCUCGCUGAUGAACUUUCGCAUAAGAAUUGGGUGACAUUAUUGUACCCUAAUCCAGAAUGUUAUGGCAAUACUUUAUGUUGAACUGUAAGGUGUAUAAAGUGUAUUUGGGGGCAUAGGCUUCAGACUAGAUUUAAAUUUGUAUGAAUUUAGGUUAAACACAACACAUCCCAAUGCAAAAUUGUAUUGCUUUGUCUAGAGUCACACAGAUCGAAUCUCUACUCAAAGCUCCCAUCUCAAAGAUGGUAUAAAUGUUUUCAAUUUUAGAGAA